UGUUAGGUAAGGGCACUAAUAAUUGUAUUGUCUAGGGCUCUAAAUUAUCAUUCUCUAUGAUGAAAAGGCUUAUAUGUCAUCUGCUGAAGGUGUAUAACCUAACUGACUAAGUGAUUCUGUAGUUGCUUCCUCCCUGUAUUGCAGUGUGAGCUACUUCAGGUGAUUGAUAUCAAGUUAUAGUUAUUGUGUCCUUCAAACAAGAGCUGUUACACUUUUUCUCUGCAGUUAUCAUCAGUGUAGAGUCUGCCUCUCCCCCUCCCCGACAAAAUCUUCUCUCUUAUCAAAAUGAAUCAUUUAACGCCGAGGAAGCAGGAGGCUCGAUUAACAUAUUCCUAUAAUAGGACUGAGGUUGUCAUCCUGGUUUCUUUAGUAACAUAUGCAAGAAAACUGGGACCAUUUUUCCCUCCCUCCCUCCCUCGCUCAACGAGGGUGGUGGUGGUGGUUUAUUUCUCCCUCUAGAAGAGGGGGAAGAGAGAGAGUUGUGUUUGCACAGAUACAGGUGUAUGUGUUCUAAUUUGGGAGAAGACAUUUGGCCAAGAGCUUACUUUUCUAACAGUCUUUCUGUGACUCAAUAUCUCUGCUAUAUGAAUGAAGACCUCAGCAUUGACAUAAAACAUAGCAUUGAGGAAUACUGGAAGGAUAAAUUGAAGAACCCUGUAUUUGAUGAAAAUAGUGAUAAACCAAAAUGUUAUGUACUUUCUAUGAUACCAUAUCCUUCUGGAAAAUUACAUAUGGGCCAUGUGCGUGUCUAUGCAAUAAGUGAUGCAAUGGCACGGUUUCACAUGAUGAAUGGAAAAAAUGUAAUGCAUCCAAUGGGGUGGGAUGCCUUUGGACUUCCUGCAGAAAAUGCUGCCAUAGAGCAUAAAGUGGAGCCUCACCAAUGGACUGAGAGCAACAUUUCUCACAUGAAAACCCAAUUGCAGAAACUUGGUUGCAGUUUUGACUGGAAAAGAGAGCUGGCAACUUGUGACCCUAAAUAUUACCAAUGGACACAAUACAUUUUUCUAAAAUUGUAUGAAGCUGGCCUAGUCUAUCAAAAGGAGUCCAUGGUGAACUGGGAUCCAGUGGAUGAAACAGUUUUGGCUGAUGAACAAGUUGAUGUUAAUGGCUGUUCGUGGAGAUCUGGAGCAAAAGUGGAGAAAAAACUUCUUAAACAAUGGUUCAUUAAAACAACACAGUUUUCAAAAUCCCUACUUGAUGGUCUUGAUGACCCUUGUCUGAAGAACUGGCGUGAUGUUAUUGACUUACAGAGACACUGGAUUGGUGAAUGUAAUGGAACCACAUUACAGUUUGAAUUAGUUGAUGUGCCUGAUGCCAACACCGAUAAUAAUUCCAAACGAACUCUAACUGUGUGGACUGAAACUCCGGAGUUCAUUUUUGGUGCAUCAUUUAUUGCUGUUUCCCCAAACAGUGUUUUGGACCAACUAUAUGGAAGAUGUGAGCAGAAUAUUUGUUCAAAAGGCUUUGUGAAACUUCCAAUAUUUGCCAAAAAUCCAUUUACUGCUCAGUUGCUUCCAGUAUUUGUGACUGACCAGGUGGAGUUCAGCGAAGGCACGGACACUCACCUGGGCAUACCAGGAAUUUCUGACUCUGAUAAAGACUUUGCCCUUUCUGCCAAUAUUCCAAUAUUUAGCAUUCCUGAGGAAGAAUGUAGUACUCCUGAGUUUUCAAGUAGUAACAGUUCUGUACGAGAACAGAUCUGCCACAUUGCCAGGCAACGAGGCAUUGGUGGAUACCCGACAAGUUCAAAACUUCACGAUUGGCUGAUAUCUAGACAGCGAUACUGGGGCACGCCUAUACCAAUGGUACAUUGUUCUAACUGCAAAGGGCCCCAGCCAGUUCCAGUUGCCGAACUGCCUGUUGUAUUACCACAACUGCGAGGGAAAGAGAGAUUGUCAAUGAAGGAAGCAACUGCUUGGCUACACACGAAAUGUCCCAGGUGCAAAGGCAAUGCAGUUAGAGAAACAGACACAAUGGAUACAUUUGUAGACUCAGCAUGGUAUUUUCUCAGAUUUCUCGAUCCAUAUAAUAAAGAUGUACCAUUCAACCCUGGAAAAGUAGACGGCAUGAUGCCUGUUGACAUAUAUGUUGGAGGCAAAGAACAUGCUACACUACACUUGUAUUAUGCUCGAUUUAUGAAUCAUUUCUUGCAUUCUAUAAAACUUGUACCACACAAGGAGCCAUUUGCAAGACUCAUUGUGCAAGGUAUGGUGAUGGGGCGAAGUUACAGAGUGAAAGCAACAGGAAAAUACAUUCCAGAAUCAGAAGUGGACUUAUCUGGGAAGAAGCCUAAAGAGAAGAAAACUGGAGAACCUGUCAUUGUUGCAUGGGAGAAAAUGAGCAAGUCAAAACAUAAUGGAGUUGAUCCAGAAGCUGUAUUCAAAGAGUAUGGAGUUGAUACAGCUCGCCUUUUGAUAUUAGGAAGUGUUGCACCUACUUCCCAUAGAAACUGGUCUCCUGAAACCUUUCCUGGCAUACUGAAAUGGCAGCAUCGCCUCUGGCUUACAAUAAGAACAUUUAUAGAGGUUCGUUCCUCUCUCAGCAUGGAACAAAAGCCUACAGGUCCUGCAAAACUCGAAGAGCAUGAAGCAAGGCUGUUAGAUGCCCGAAACUAUUACCUGAAGAGUAUAACAUUCAACUAUAAUGAAACUUAUCAGCUGAGUGUGGCUAUUUCCAAAAUGCAAGGUCUCACAAAUAGUUUACGACAAACACCAAAGGAAAUCAUUGCAACCAGCCAGCAGUUUGAGAGGGCUCUUGCCACUCUUAUUGUAGUACUUGCUCCAAUGGCACCACAUUUUGCAUCUGAAUUGUGGGCUGGAUUUUUAGCAGCACCUCACAGGAUUGACACCACCUCGAGUGAAAUUCUCUGGGAUGCCCCAGUUCACCAGCAGAAGUGGCCUGAUGUUGAUCAACAGUAUAUUUUGGACCUUCUUUGCAAGGUAAAUGGUGCCGAUAAUGCUACAGUCCGUAUGCCUCGCUAUGAGAUGGACAACAUAACGCAUGAUGAGGCUUUGGAGUUAGCAUUAACACAGACAAAAGUGCAAGAAAUGUUAUCAGGAUUCAAGAUUAUAAACACACAGUUCACACUUUAUCCAGGCUACAAAGCUAUUAUCAACAUUAUAACUGAACGAUCUGUGAACAGCAUGAAACAACAUCAAGAAGUGUAAAAACACUACUAUCAUUUCAUUAGCCUGUCUUUGUGAAACUGAUACAUGAUAUUUCUGUGGUGCUCUGUUGGCACAUUAUGCUUAUACAUAAAUGAUGCAGAAACAAGUCUCAAAUACAGAUUUUCUAUAUGCUUUUACAAAUUUGAAUAAUUUAGUAGCUUUUAUCAUGCAAAAUAUUGACGAGAAAUAAUUAAAGUAACAACUUUACUUUUGAAA